ACCCACCGCACCAGAAGGGGGCAGCAUAUCUCUAUGUGAAACGUACGGUAGUGAAGGAAGGAAGUUGACAAUGAUCGCCUUCUGCUGCAACACCAGCGCCACAUUUGAGUAGCGUUUGUUUGGUCGAUAACAACAGUCAGUUGGAGUCGACUUUGUUGUCAGGGUAGACAGUAACACGUUAAAUACUUCAGUUAUGGACAACAGAUCAAAGAUGGUCCCCGAUAGUAGUCAGAUUCGUCGGCAGGGGGCCCAGGACUUUAGGGCCUAUUAUGAAUUUGCCUGUGCUCGACAGGACUCUGUGCCUCUUCCAGCUGUUAAGAUGAAUGCGCACAAAGGGAUGCUGCAGUUCAAUGGAGACAAACUCAAGGUCACCGACUGGCCGCCGGUGCUCGCCUCAAUAUCCAUCAACAAACACCUUCAUCACAUUUCAAUAAGCAGCACGUAUUAUGGCGCUUUGGGUUCUGGAAGUUCAGAUAUAAGGUACUAUAAGACUGGCUUCAGGAAGAGAAUACCAGCGGUUUGCUCCAAAGACAUGACGUUCAAGCUGUGCAAGGCCAUAAAGGAGUGUCUGACUGUGUCCUCCAGCCUGAAGACCCUACAAAUAAAUGGACUUCCACUGAGAGAGAGGGACCUUGUUUUGUUGACAAAGGGCUUGGCAAAAAGUGUCUCACUGGAGAACCUUUCUCUGGCUAACUGUCCAAUCUCUGACCAGGGUUUGGAGGUGAUUUGCCAAAGUGUGAAGUAUUCUCCAGUCAUCCGGACUGUAGAUUUCACAGGCUGUAAUAUCACAUGGCGAGGAGCAGAGCACGUGGCCAAUGUCAUCAAGCAUCAAGCCAUGCACAGACAUAGUGCUGCCUGGGCAGAAUCUCUUAGGUACCGACAGCCUCACUUUGAGAUGAUGGGCGGUCUCCGCCGCGUCACCCUGAACUGUAACACUUUGAUUGGUGACCACGGUGCUGCUGCUCUUGCUCGUGAAUUGACAGAAGACCUCUGGGUUAAAGCUAUUGACCUUCAAAGAUGCGGUCUGUCCAAUGAGGGAGCUCGGCGUCUGCUGGAAAGCUUGAAAUCUAACUCUGCUCUGUGUGUAAUGGAUAUUCGCUGUAAUCCUUUAGUAGACAAAGGCUUAAUUCAAAUCAUAAUAGAGAAAGUACUGAUGAACAGUGAAGCAGAUGAACGCUCACUCGAGCAAUACUCGUGGAUCAAACCUGCAGCCACUGAGCCACAGAGAAACACAGGUGUGAGGAAGACAUCGGUACCCAGAACUUUCAAAGGAAAGGCUUCUGUGCCGACAGCUGCGGGUAAAGUAAUAUUUGGAGGAAGGGGCUCCGGUGGCGUUCGGUCUCAAAAGCCCUGUUCAAAUUCCCACAACAUUCCAUGGCGUGCUGCUGCACGAGCUGAGCGCCUGAGGGGUCUGCCUCCUCCAGUAACUGUGACAAGCCAAAGUUUUCAGCAUGCAGCUACUGUCAAAGUUACUGUAGAUUCAGAGGAAGAGGAAGAGGAAGAAGUGACUGAGGAAGUGGAGCAGAGACUGAGUUCUUUAAAUCUUCAGGAGAAAUUGACCAGAAGACAUUUGGACCGUUUGCAGAUGGAGCUGAAAGCAUGUCGUCUGAGUCUGGCAGAGGAGCGCAGGUCCAGACUGAGGACUGAGUCCCGGCUCUUAGAGUACGAGUUGGAAAAUGCUCGUUUGCGUGACACAAACCAGUCUCUGUCCGAGGCCCUUGCAGCCACUGGUUCUGGAUCAGCGCCUCCUGCUGUCCAUGCUCUGGAAGACGAAGCUGUGCUGGAGAGCAUAGAAACCUCAUUCACCAAGUUCCAUGCUUUCCUGGAUCUCCUUAAAGAUGCAGGCCUAGGUCAGCUAGCAUCAAUGGCUGGAAUUGAGAGGUCAGAUUUUCAACCUUUGGGGAAACCUCAGCUGUCCUCUACUGUAGGACGCCAUGGAGAUGUUAUGGAAAAAAGGGACGUCCUUCCUCUGGAAAGCAGUUCUCCCUCUGCUGGCCCUGGAGUCUCAGCCAAAACCCCCACACCCAGGCGUUCUUUCCUUGGAGACAUGCUGCAGGAUCUGCCCGUGGCUAAAACAGUGGGUCCUGCAGCAGAGCCUGGUGUAGGUGGAGAGAAAGAACCAGAACAAUAUUCAAGGCCUUACAUGCAGCAGCUCUCUGGAUCUCAGCGCAGCACAUGUGGCCAAAAGUCCUUUGGUGAAACUUUUCAGAUUCAGCCCAGGGUCGACAACAGUAAUCACCAGAGUGGUCCCUAUCACAGAAGCCCCUCCUCUUACAGCAGCGGGUCUCAUAGUGGGUUGUCAAUGAGAUCUGGUGUCAGUGACAUCAUGAGUGACAGGGCAGAGUCUGUGGGAUCUGUAGAGUCAGUAAACAGCAGAAUAGAAAGGCUAGGCACAUGACGUCAGUCAGAAUGGUCAGAUAGAGAAGGUACAAACACUCUGGAAUAACAACAGAAAUGUGGUGCUACUCCUAAAAUUGUACUGCGUUAAUGGGUGUUUUGCAGUUUUUGCAGAUUUGUUUUAAGUAACUUCUUAUAAUUUUUGUAUGUUUUUUCUUGUCUCUGUCUUAGCAGGCAUGCAGAACUUGAAAACACGUACAAUGGGGGGGGGCGGGGGGGUGUAAUCACUGAAGUGCCAUUGUACACAUUUAGUUGACUGUAGAACAAAGUAAACUUUUAAGCUUAAGUUUUUUUUUUUCCAUACUGAUAUCACUGUGUUUUUGCUUUGUGUUAAUCGUAAUUCUGCACAUCCAAUAUACACAGUAAACAUUUCAGCAGAUUGAUACAAUUUUAAAGCAAGAUUACAUUUUUAGUAAAUACAUAUUUUGCAAAUUGACUAUUAAAUGUGGUUCUGGAAUGUAGUAUAUUGUGUACACGAUGAAUUUAAUGUAGCUUUUUAGUUUUUGUUGGUUCACAUACAGUACAUAAAUUUGAACCAUUUGCAUCUGUGUCCUGUAGGCUUUAUUCACCUACCUAUUCAAUGGGUAUUAUGUCUGGUUGUUCAGAUCACGAGGAUGUGUCAUAGGAAGUUUUGUGCAAUCUAAAAUUAGAUUUUCCAGAAUUGGUUUUAGGAUGUGUCAGUGACAACGCCUUCACAAUGAAUGUUGCCUAAUUUUCCAUUUGUAUUAUUAGUUAAUCUCUACUCCUUUUGGUUAUACUUCUGAACUUGUUAAUCUCAGCAUGGUUUGAUUCACUACCUUAUUUCUUCAUGGAGAGAAUGGUGAAAACAGAACCUUUUCUUCUAUGAAGGGCAAAUCCAAACUGUAACUUUUGCCAAAUAGAAAAUUCAAACUACUGUGUUAUUAAAAAUGAAAAAAAUA